AUGCCUCUACCGCUCGCUGCCAACAAUGACAGUCACGAAGACGGACCUAAGUUCUGGCGGAACGCGUUUCUGGCGUUUCGCAUAACAAUUACCGCAAACAUUGCAUCGCACCGACCUGGCUGGCAGACCAACGGGCGAUAUCAACGAGGGCCGCCCAGAUACAAGGAGAAAGCGGCUCGUCGGGCAAUGGGCAAUAAUUUGUCCCAUAAUUUUCUGUCUCCUGUUAGAGAAAAGUGGUGGUUGUGA